AGCACCCCUUGCGCUGCGUCUCCCGCAACGAUGGUGACGAAAGAUCCGGCCGCUAAGGAAGCAGGCCGCGGUGGACGUGCCGCUGGCGGCCGCGGCGGCCGCGGCCGUGAUGGCAAGGGCCGGGGCAAGGCGGCGGGCGAAAACGCCACGGCCAGGCGUUUACAGGAGCUAGAUGGGCAUUCGGUGGAAGCUGAGAGUAACUUCGAGAUCUUGCGCGCACAAAGGGCUCAGGCCCGUAAGGGCUUUAAGCAAUUCAAGGAUAUUCGUGAGAACGAAGGUGUGGAUGAAGACGAUCCUUUGAAUAGCAUCGACGACGGCAUCCGCCUGGAGCCGUUCAACAUGCGCCGCGAGAUGCGCGAAGGACACUUCGACGAGAGCGGCUUCUACGUCCUCAACAAGGACGAAGAAAAGAAGGUCACGGAUGCAUGGUUGGACACGGUGGACCAGGCGGAGCGCACGGCCACCUUCAUGGCGGCGGAGAAGCAGAACCAGGCCUCGACCAAGGCGCAGAGCACCAUCUCGGCGAUGGCCAAAAAUCUGGGGCCCGACUCGGAGGGCGAGGACGAAGAGGACAAAGAUGACAAGGACGAGGAGGACGAAGAGGAGAAGAAAAAGGCAGAAGAGGCGGCAAAGGCCCAAGAAGAGGAGCAGGAGAAAGACAAAGAAGCAGAAGAAAGCAGCAUCAUCACCAUGUUGGAGGAGCUCGUUUCCUUCCUGCAGCCCCUAGAGACUCCAGCCAUGGCCCUGUCUCGUGUGCGCCGCGGCACGCAGCCCAAGACAGAGCCGGCGCUGAAGACCCGCGCGCGGCUGCGGCAGAACCGUGCCGAAGUGGCACGAGUUGCGGUCACAGCGCAGGAGACCGACGCGGAUCGCAAACCCAAGAGGAAGAAAUUAAAUGAGUGGGGUGUCUAUGAGGAAGGUGCUGAAAAGGAAGCAGCAGCGCCAAGAUCGAUCCUGAUGGAGGAAGGGACCUCACCCCCCGCCACCGUGGAUACCGUGGACACAACGACAGCGGCCGCUCCUGCCACAACGACCGCCCCAAGCAGCGAGACGGUCAAUACGGCACCUGUAGUUGCGGCCGGAGACGAGGUCAACAGUGCGGAACCGGAGUUGGCCAAGGCCGAGGCGGCGCGCGCGGCCGCAGCGGCGGCAGUGAAGGCCGAACAGUUGCAGGCGGCUGAGCGCGCCAAGGAACAGGCUCAGAGCAGUAGUGUCACGUCGCCACAAGCGGUGGCCGAAGCUGCUGCCCGGGCGGCAGAGGAUGAACGGGCGGCAGCUGAGGCGGCCAAGGCCUUCGCUGCGGAAAUGAAGAUGUCGCGCAACAUUGCGCGGGCGCUGGUGCCGGAGCAGGGGCCGGAAGCGGCGGCCAUUGUGAAUUUGAACUCAGAGGAGACCAGGGACGUGCGAGAGAAGGCCAUGCCGAAGGCACCUGAGGAGCAGCCAGCAGACGGGCCACCACGGCCUGAUGGCAAGCGCCAGAAGAUCAGCCACACGGACGCGGAACUGGAAAAACGUGAGAAGAUCAAUCGCCUCACGGACCUCUGCGACCGACUGCUGGAGCGCGGCGUCUUGGUCUACGACUCCGCCAGGGAGCUCUUGGCUAUCGAUGUGCGGCAGCGCAAGGAACAGCUGGCUACGGAGUCCGCCGAUGGCUCCGGCCUCUCGAGCUCGCCGCCGGCCGCAGCAACAGCGGCAACAGCAGCCGCGCCCGUGGCGACCGAACCGGUGGAAGCAAAGGCGAAAGCGCAACCGGCGGUGCUGUACACCAACAAACGCUUCAAAGCCAGCGAUGGCAGUGCGGCCGUGACGGAAGUCACAGGGACUGCUGCAAGUGAUGGGGCCAACACAGGAACUGCAGCUGCGUCCUUGUUCUGGCAAUUCCGCUGGGGUCACAAUGUGUCCGAAGUCAACGGACCCUUCGACAGCGUCACCAUGCAGGGCUGGGUCAUGCAGGGCUGCUUCAGCGAGGAACGCCCCGCCGAGGUCAGGCAAUGCAACGAGCGAAACGAACCUCAAGAACAGUGUUGGCAUCCAUGGGACCGCAUUGACUUCGAACUGUACAUUUGAGGCGCGUAGCACAGGCAGACGGAUGUGACAACUUAAGAGCAAGUCUUCGAC